AUGCCAGAAAAGGUAUUGAUUUCAUCAAUAAACGGUGAUUUAGAUACAAGUAUUUCAUUUGCCGAAAAGUUAGAAUCAAGAAAAGCCCUUAUCUUCUACUUCAGGAACUAUGGAAAAGAAAAAGAUAAAACACUGAAGAUAGUCACAAAUGGAAUCAAAAAGUACAGGCAAAUCGUUAUCGAAGAACAUUACCUGUCAUUGAAGAACUCGGAUUGCAUUUAUUUAGCUAAAAAUAUUGGCACAGAUGAUCUUCUAGCUACUGAAUGCAAUGGAACAGUAACAAAUACGGGUAAAUUUCGUGGUGCCAUAAGACUAAUCGAAAAAAACUUCAGAGGCCCUUGCAAUGGAAAAUUUGCAUGCUUCAUUUGA